AAUCCGUUCUUUUCUUGUGGUACUUGAACGCACCGUCAGGUUUAUAUUUGACGUCACGCGGAAGUGGGAGGACAGGGGGCGGAGCCCGGCAGAAGAUGGCGUCUCUACGCUGUCGGCGAGAUCCCUGCGGCAUAAUCUGUCUGAUUUUAACGUAUUUCAGCGUGUUUUACGCAGAUUACGUGGUCGUUCAGUAUGUCCUCAUCCCCACGUUCUCCGGCAGUGUGUGGUGUUCUCUUCACGGAUCAGUCUUUAACCUGAUUCUGCUGCUGCUGCUCGCCUGUCACUCCAAAGCUGUCUUCUCAGACCCUGGUAUGGUGCCUCUUCCCGACACGGCGAUAGACUUCUCAGACCUUCGCUCGCAGUCGUCUCGCAUGAAUGAGCGAGGUUGUGAGGGCUGGACCGUGUGCAGUCGCUGUGAAACCUACAGACCUCCCAGAGCGCACCACUGUCGCGUCUGUCAGAGAUGCAUACGCCGCAUGGACCAUCACUGUCCGUGGAUCAAUAACUGUGUCGGGGAGUUAAACCAGAAGUAUUUUAUCCAGUUUCUCUUUUAUACGGGUCUGGCCAGUCUGUACUCGAUGGUGUUGGUGGUGUCGGCGUGGGUUUGGAGGAUCAGGAACGAGAGAGAAGGCGACGCAGAGAAAGACGGAGACGAGACGCCGAGUAAACACCUGAUCGUUGCUCAUUACAUCAUCCUGCUGGUGGAGUCAGUGCUGUUUGGUGUUUUUGUUAUGGUUAUUUUCUAUGAUCAGCUGGUGUCCAUCAUCACAGACGAGACGCCCAUCGAGCAGAUGAGGAACAGACUGAUGAUCAAAGACAGAGGAGCAUCUUCCUCCUCCUCCUCCUCCUCCUCUUCAUCACAGCUGCCUCACCAACCGUCGCACACUCGCAAACCCAAGCUCGCUCUGCUGCGGGAGGUCUUUGGAAGAGGUUCGGUGUUCUGCUGGCUGCUUCCUCUUCACUCCAGCCCUCCGUCCGUCGGCGGCAUCACUUACUCCGCCCUGCCCGACUACGACGUCUGACCUUUGCCCUGUGAGACAGGUUUUGUGUGUGUGUGUGUGUGUUUUGUAUGAAUUUGCUGCCUCACUACGACGUCUUAUCUGUGGAAAUGAUGAAGAGACAAGAUGGCGGAUGAAGAGUGUGAGUGAGUGUGUUUGUUUUCAUUCCCGAGGACGUGAAACAACAUAAAAACUUUGCUGUGUCUCGCGUGAAAAGCACUGACGUCGUGUCCUGACCUGUCGUUUAAAUACCAGCAUUUAUUUAUUAUUUACAUUCUUACAUUUUCACGUGGACGUCGCGUAGAUAUUUGUUAUGUUAAAUCUGCAGAUUUCAGGCCGUUCUAUUCUAUUUUUUUCUCAGAUUUCUGAGAUAAUUUGGCGCGAAACAAACAAAUUAGAACAAUGUUGUUUUCAAAUCUUAAAGAUUGCGAUGUAACUGUUAUCGAACACGACACAUAAAAGUAGGAAGAAACAAAUCUUAAGUUUGUCAUCCUUGUUUAUGUGUUUAUGCAAAAAUCACGUUUUAAAUUUGUUAAAGCGAAAGUGAUUUUCAUUUUUAUCGCCAAUUGAAUCGCAAUCACGUUAUCCGCAGUGCGAUAUUUUCCUGGUGAAAAUGAUUCAUUGUAUUCUUUGUCAAAAGCUAACUCUUUGCUUGCGACGAGCCCCUAGUGGUGACGUAAGAUGCUGCAGCAUACAACAUAUCAUUUCUGUUUUUGAGUCCGCGUCAGUCAAACCUCCGUGCUUUUAUUCUGAAACAGUGGUGCGUUCAAAGUGCGUCAGUAUUUUUUUACUUUUGAGACUUUUGUAGCACAGAAAACUUUUAUUCUCCGACUUUUAGAAGCGACCGAAUAAGCAGCGGCUCGACCGAUCGCGAAAAUCUGCGGUUUGACUUUGCCCUGAAGCUAAAACUACUUAGCUUAGCUUAGCUUAAAUCGCCUGUAGGCGACGUUUGAAGCCCCAGUCCGGGAGGUAAAAAAACAAAGACCUCGUUGUUUACGAAACAAAAACAGGUGUUUGUUGUUCACGUUUAUUGUUUAAACUUUGACCCGGAAGUGAAUGUUUUUGUGCGAGUGAGCAGCACAACUCAAAAAGCAAAGGACGGAUUUUCCUAAACUUUUCUGUGGAUGUCGUUUAAAUCAACCCAAACACUGACGUCAUACAAACAUCAGGAAAUAUUGAGACUUUAUUUCAUUUUUUUCUUUUUGACGUUAUUGUUGGAUUUUUAAGGAAAAUGGAGAUUUUUGUGUUUUAUGUUUUUUUAAUCAUAAAAAGCAAAGAAUUGCAGUUUGUUUUUUGACGCACGAACAAACUUAACUGUGUUACUGACAUUUCAGUGUUCUGUUUAUUAACUUAUUUAUUGUUUCUAAUUGUUUACUGUGUAUUUAUUUGAUUGAUUUAAUUGUGAAAAGUGAAGCUGCCUUUUUUUUUAAAAAGUUCACGUUUUACUGCGUUUACUGAGAAUGAACGUGUUCUCAAUUUCAUACUAAUUUAGAGGUAAAUAUUAUUAAUGUAAUAUUAUUAAAUAUUACACUGGAAGUAUUAUAAACAGCCUUUUCAGUUCCUCUACAUGCAGUAAAAUAAAACAUGUAUUCUUUUUUAUUGUAUUAAUUAUCUCAUCUUCAUCACUUAAUGCUUACAUUUUUUAUUUUUUUUUAGGAUUAGGUCAAAUAUUCAAAGAAAAGUAUGUGGGGUUUUUUUUAAAUGAAAAUGAGAAUAAUGGCGUAAAAAAGACUUGAUCUCGCGAAUCACAUCGUAAUUCCUUUCAGAAUAAAAGCAAUUGGAUAUUUAUUCAAAAUGGUUCAGCUCUCAUGUUGCUUUUAAAAUUCUCACUUUGUGUGAUUUAAAACUAACUUAAAAAGAAGAGAGGACAUUGAUUUGGACGUGUGGUUUUGCUCCAACCUGCCACCAGGGGGCAGUCCUGUCACGUCCUGGGGAGUGUGUUCCUCAGCUCAGAAACAAAAAGGCAGCUUCAUUUCCACUGUGUUUACGUUUGAAUCACUUUUAUAUCGAUGAUGUGCAAUUCUACGUGAAGGGAAAACGAUGAACUCACGCGUUUUCUGUUUGUUUGUUUGUUUGUUUGUUCGUUCGUUUGUCUUUUGUAAGACAAAAAAGUUCUUCAAUUUGCUUUAAAUCCAUUUUUUUUGGAUCAAAAUCUGAUCAUUGUCUUACUGUAGCGUCAAAGUGCGAUGUUUAACAGUGGGAAAACAAACAUGUUUGUGUCCAGGUGUUGUUGUUUUGUUUUGUUUUAUCUCGAUCACUGAGGUGCGUUUGUUAAAACUGGCCCCGCCCACUGUAUGGAAUUAGAUUUGUGUCACUUUAUGAAUUGAG